AUGUUACUGAUUUCGAACGAGUCGACGCGAGGACAAGCGGUCUAUCGCCACUCACUUUUGUCGCACUCAUACUCGGGUCGCGCGGGCAGGCACCGUGGCACGAUAGCGCGAGCUAAUGGCGCCCUUGAAGAAAAAGGAUGGAAGACGCGAGGGCGGCAGGAUUAG